AAUAUUUGUCGGCGCAGGGCUCUGACUACACGUUGUUCUGAUUUGUUUACUAUUUGCCAGCAACAUUUUUCAAUGAAUUUUUUAAUAAAUUAAAAAAAUGGGGCAAGCAAAUAAACACAAAAAGUUUAAUCCACAUAAAAAACAAUAUAAAAAACCCGCUAUAAAUAAAAAACAUUUAAAUAGUAAAUUUAAACAUCGUGGUAGUGCCACCGUUGAACAGUUAAAAAAACAAAUUGACUUGGAAAAGAGUCGCAAAGAAAGACAAGCCCAUCUAGCACAAGAUUUUGCAGAAGAUGUGGAGGAAGAAGAGCCUGUUAAUCACUUUCAAAGUUUAGUGGAAGAUUUGCACACCAGUGUGAAAAAGAAACCAGCCUUCAAGGAGAAACCUUUACUGCUCUUGGGUUCUAAAAAGUCCAAACAAGAAACUAAACCCGAUAGCAAAGCCCGAAAAAUAAACGUUAAUUAUCUUCUACCUAAAUUAAACCACUUUAAAGAUCAUUUACAAAAUGAAAUCAGUUCCGAAGAUGUGGAAAAAUUGAUUGAUGGCUCAAGUGAAAAAUUAAAGUUCACCGUAAAUUGGCCUGAGCUAGGUCAUUUAUAUAUCACCACUCCCGAUAUUGCCAUUAAUGAUAAUAAGGGUUUUAUAAAUAAACAACCACCUCCAGCUUUUGAACAGCAAAGUGAUUUAGAGUCUAUAGGUGUGCAACCAUCUUUAGCCGCCCGAGUAACUCUACCCUUAACACAACUACAAAGUGAGCUUUUGUCACUUGUCAAUACGUAUAAAGAUGUUUAUUAUCCCUAUCGAACAUUCGAUAAUGCCGAACAAAUACGUCAGGUGUAUACCAUACAUGCGUUAAAUUAUAUUUUUAAGACGAGAGCCUGUGUUAUGUUGAAUACGAAAAAGAUCGAGGAAGAAGAAAGUAAAAAUAGUGGUGUUGUUUUUGAUGAUAUCUAUCGCGACCAGGGUUUAGCUAGACCGAAGGUGUUAAUUGUGACACCUUUUCGCGAUUCGGCUUAUCGGAUUGUUAAGAUAAUGUCGGAGAUUAUAAAGAAGAAAGAUAAAGAUAAUGAUCAAAAAUCUAUAAUGAACUUCGAUAGAUUUGAAAAGGAGUUCACUGGCGAUACUAUUUACUUCCCCAAAACUAAUCCUAAACCUGAAGAUUAUGAGAAAACUUUUGGCGGCAAUACUGACGAUAACUUUCGUAUUGGCAUGUCUUUGACUAAGAAAACCCUAAAGUUAUACACCGAUUUUUAUUCCUCAGACAUAUUAAUCGCAUCGCCUUUGGGCUUGCGUGUUACCAUGGGUGGCAGUAGUAAUAAUGAUGUUGAAAGUGAUUUUCUAUCAUCAAUUGAAGUUUUAAUUUUAGAUCAAGCUGAAUUGUUUUUGGCUCAAAAUUGGGACAAUCUGCUGCAUGUAUUGGAUCAUUUACAUUUGCAGCCUAAAACCUUGAGAACAACUAAUAUUAAUCGUGUACGUUCGUGGUGUUUAAAUGGUUUAUCGAAAUUCUAUCGUCAAACUUUAUUAUUUGCUUCGCAUGAAUUACCCGAAUUUCGUGGAGUUUUCAAUAAUAAAUGUUUCAACUACGAAGGUAGUGUGCGUAUCUCUAACCCCAUUAUAAAUGGUGAUAUACGUAAUGUUAUAGUACCUUUAUCACAAGUUUUCCAUCGUAUCGAAUGCUCGGAUUUAGAUCAAGUAUUCCAGACACGUUUUAACUAUUUCGUCAAUAAGAUUUUGCCUCAAUUUAAGAGUACCAUAUUUGCUCAUACUAUGAUUUAUAUACCCAGCUAUUUCGAUUACGUUCAAUUGCGUAAUUAUUUUAAAGCGGAAAAUAUUAGUUUUGUGCAAAUUUGUGAAUAUACGAAAAAGGAAAAGAUGGCUCGUGCCCGUGAUAUGUUCUUCCAUAGUGGUGCUCAUUUUAUGUUGUACUCGGAGAGAUCACAUUUUUUCAAACGUACACGCAUUAAGGGCAUUCGUCAUAUUAUUAUGUAUCAACCACCUCAAUGGCCUCAUUUCUAUUCGGAAAUGAUUAACUUAAUGCAUUCUUCAAAUCAAAAUUCUCGAGAUGGUUUAGAGGAUUCAAUGAGUAUCACUGUUUUAUAUACAAAAUAUGAUUGUUUACAAUUGAAUGGUAUUUUGGGUAGUGAGAAUGCUACAAGUCUUUUGGAAUCCGAUAAAGCUGUUCACGUUUAUGCUGCGCAAUAAGUGUAAAAUUUAAAUUAGAAAAUUUUGUAAAGAUGUAGAGAUUUUUUAAUAAAAACUUGUAAAUAAACAAAAAA